GCGGAGGGUGGGGCUUGGCGGCUGGCUGGCACCUGGAUCGGGAUCGGGACCGGGAUUGGGAACGGGAUCGCGAUCGGGACCGGGACCGGAUGCCACCAGCGCCAUGAGGACCCUCCUGCUGCUGUGGCUGGUCCUGUCUGGAGCCAGCGCCUGGUGCCGCGAUGGGCAGCCGUGUCCCACCACCCCGGUCCUGCCCGCCAGCAGUGUGGUGACGUGCCGGGACGGCUCGUCCUGCCCCAGCACAGCCACCUGCCCGCUGUCAGAGGGCGUCCCCUGCGCCAACGGCCACCGCUGCUGUCCCCGAGGGUCCCGCUGCAGCGCCGAUGGCAAAUCCUGCAUCACAUCCCCAGCCCCUCGCGCUGUCCCCUGUCCCGAUGGACAGUCUGAGUGUCCUGAUGAUGCUACCUGCUGCGUGACGGCCAGCGGCGCCUGGGGGUGCUGCCCCAUGCCCCAGGCCUCGUGCUGUGCUGACAAGGUGCACUGUUGUCCCCAUGCCACCAUCUGCGACCUGGCCCACGGGCGCUGCCUGUCACCCACCGGUGACACCCCCAUGGGCACCACCUUCCCCGCCUGGAAGCGCCAGCCCCCGGUGUCAGUCACGCUGCGCCAGGUCGUGUGUCCCGACGGCCGCUCUGCCUGUCCCGACGGUGCCACCUGCUGCCAGAUGUCCCCGGCGCUGUACGGCUGCUGCCCCCUGCAGAACGCGGUGUGCUGCAGCGAUGGGCAGCACUGCUGCCCUCAGGGCACUGCCUGCGACCUGGAGCGCUCCACAUGCACCUCCUUGGGGGGCCGGGAACCCCUCCAGGCAUCGCUGCCCAAAGCUCGGGAUGUGAAGUGUGACGAGGAGACGAGCUGCCCCGAUGGGAACACGUGCUGCCGGCUCAGCUCUGGGGCAUGGGGGUGCUGCCCGCUGGAGGAAGCCGUCUGCUGCCCCGACCAUGUGCACUGCUGCCCCCAGGGCUAUACCUGUGACCCCAGCGCAGGCAGCUGCCUGCAGCAGGGGGGGGGCCGCCGGCCCUGGCUGCGGAAGACCCCGGCGCUGGCCCGGGGUGGGGACGUGCAGUGUGACGAUGAGAUGAGCUGUCCCCAGGGCAGCACGUGCUGCCGGCUCAGCUCGGGGGCCUGGGGGUGCUGCCCGCUGGAGCAGGCCGUGUGCUGCAGGGACCACCAGCACUGCUGCCCCUGGGGCUAUACCUGCAACGUGGCCACCCAGAGCUGCGAGAAGCUCCUGACCCCCGCCCCACUGCUGCAAGCACCCCCCCGGGCACCCACCCCCCGGCCUGCCCCCCUGCGCGCUGCCAGCACCGACCCCGCCACCGCGGUGCCCUGUGAUGCUGCCCGCUCCUGCCGCGGCGGGCACCAGUGCUGCCGGGCCCAGGGGGGCUCCUGGGGCUGCUGCCCCUUCACCCAGGGCUCCUGCUGCUCCGAUGGCCGUCACUGCUGCCCUGUGGGGUCCCGCUGUAUCGGGGGGGGGCUGGGGGUGCAGCCCCCAGCGCUGGGACCUGCCCGCACCCCGCAGGGUGUUGCUCUGAGGGCCCCAGACCCCCCCCGGAACAAGUGCCGCCACCUCAAUAAAUGGUUUCUAGGACAAACCCCCUCCCCUGGUUCCGUGCAGGGGGAAACUGAGGCAGGAAGCAGAGGCGAGGGGGGGUUGAUCUCUCUUUAA